UCCGGCUCUAGCGCUCCGACAUGAUCCGUGCGACGAGAGUGGGCAUUCCGAAACUGAUGAUAAUCGCCCUCAAUUUUAUGAUCACGUUUUCGCAAGCCGAAAUGCAAAACAACGAAGAUGACUACGAUAUUAAGUUGGUACUGAACACUGAAGAGAAGCUGUGGCUGUACCAGCAAAAUUAUAACAGCAGUGAGAUACACUUGCAUGGUACUACUUCACCUUACACAUGUUUAUACAUGAUGAAGACGACCCUCAAAGAUAAUGAGUACAAUUUCACAGAAACAUUGAGAUAUUCUGGAAAAGAAGAUACCUUUCAGUAUUACGGGAAACUGGUGCGGACUGGAGGUAAUGACAAGCCAAUGAAUGCCCUCGAAGUUUUUAAGCCACCAGUAAGUGACAAAAAAUACAAGGAACUUAUUCUUAAGUACUACUCAGAAGAAGAUCCAAAAUGCAGCAUCUUUUUUGUGAGCUCGCUGGAGCAAAAGCUAACUGACAGCCUUUCUCUUUGUGAGAUGUAUAUUCGCGGUGAUGUCAUCGAGGCUGGCCCACCAGAAGAAUGCAUGAACGUAUACAAUCAAACCUGUAAGUAUAGCUAUCGUAUAUAUACCGACGACUGCAAGAAACCUGUUCCGACCGUGUCAAAUAAUAUAAAGCCUACGAAAGAUCCACGACCAAGCAACGGCGACAACGGAAGCAGCAGCAGCAACAACAACAAUAACAAGAAUGAUGGUGAUGGAAAUAAUAAUAAUAAUAGUAAUAAUAAUAAUAGACGAGGAAAAUGAAAUAAAGAAAGUAGUACUAUUGA